UGGCAAAGAAGGAUAUAAGUACGGGGCCCUGUUUCCCCAAAAUCUGGGGGAAAGCAAGAGCCCCAUCACUCUCUGUGUACAAACUAAAACCAUAUCACAGCAUACGUCCAUAAGCCAUCAUGUCAAAUCUCGAGAAGAAGAACGACUCGGAUAGCCCCGAUGUCGAGGCUUUGGAGAGGCCAGAUGUAUCCGAAAGGGUGGACAAGAUGACGGAACGAAAGCUCUUAAGCAAGCUGGACAAACGUAUCGUCCCCGUCAUCAUGUGGAUGUAUCUCAUGAACUUUAUGGAUCGAGUGGCUAUUGGCAAUGCCCGUCUGUAUGGAUUGGAAGCCGACUUGGGUCUUGACGGCGAACAGUUCCAGAUUGCCGUCAGCGUGCUUUUCAUCACCUACUGCAUGUUUGAGGUUCCCUCCAACCUGAUCAUCAAAAGGAUGCAACCUGCUCGUUACUUGGGAGGUCUAGCAAUUGGAUGGGGUCUCGUGGCCACAUUCUCUGCCUUUGUUCAGAACUUUGCUGGCCUCGUCGCCUGCCGUCUCCUACUUGGGUUUUUCGAAGCGGGCAUGUUUCCCGGUAUCAUCCUUUACCUAUCUAUGUUUUACAACCGAAACAGCAUCGCUCUUCGAAGUGCCUACUUCUUCUCCGUCGCCGCUAUUUCAGGGGCUGUGGGCGGCUUCGUCUCCUACGCCAUUGGCUUCCUCGACGGACGACAUGGCUGGCUUGCCUGGAGAUGGGUGCUCUUGAUCAAUGGUAUCCCAUCGAUCGUCACCGGUCUAGUCAUCCCUUUCGUCCUGCCCAAUUCCGUCGAGACGUCUAAGUUCUUGAGCGACGAAGAAAAACGCCAAUUAUAUGUUCUUCGACACACCGAGGUCGGUCAGACGGUCUCGGGCCAGCAACUACACAAGGCAGAUAUCAUGAAAGCCGUCAAGGACUGGACCACUUACGGCUAUGCCUUCUGCGGGUUUUGCCAGAACAUCAUGCUGUACUCAUUCUCGACUUUCCUUCCGACAAUCAUCCUCGACAUUGGCUCGUGGACUAGACCAGAAGUCCAAGCCCUGACUAUUCCAAUCUACAGUCUUGGAGCCAUUGCGUUCUUGAUCAUGGCUCGGAUUGGCGACAUUACAGGCAAGCGCGCCAUCAUCAUCAUUCCCUUCAACUUUAUAGCCAUUAUCGGAUACAUUUUGCUUCUAUCCAACGCUGGUACCGGCGCCAGCUUUACCGGGUGUUUCUUCAUUGGCAUUGGCGUUUACACAGCCGGUGGCAUGGCUCUCACGUGGCUGACGUCCAAUUGUCCUCGUUAUGGAAAGCGAGCCUUCUCUAGUGGGUUCCAGUUGACCAUGGCCAAUGCUGCCGGUGUUCCUGCACCGUUCAUCUUUGCCAAUUCAACCGCUCCAAGGUUCAUCCAAGGAUAUUCCACCACCAUUGCUGCUUUGUGUUGCUCUAAUCUUAUGUUUUUGACACUGGCACUCUACUGGAGACGCCGCAAUAAGCGCAGAGAUGCCGGUCUAGAGGACUACAAGAUGGAAGGCAAGACAGAAGAAGAGAUCAUGGAAAUGGGAGAUGAAAGUCCACGCUUCCGAUACAUGUACUAGUUGAGCAGAUCAUCAUUCCUGAAUCUCAACGAUCUGGGAUCAGAGGACAAUCGAAUUGUGGAUCGACUGGAUAUAUGGC